GAAGAAUGGCAUUCUAGAAAGAAUUGAACGCGGCUUUUAUUUCAUUUGCGACAUUGCAAAGAAAAAAUUAAAAUAAUGAGAAACAAGUUCAAGAACGUUGUGGCGCAUCAACAUUUAAUCAAUCGUCGUGCACUUACCGCGCAUGCUUCGAGGAAGCUUUGCUAAUGAUCCUCAUAGAGGCGCUGACUUCAUGAGCUUGUGACGUCAUUGCGCAGUCAAUGUCGCGUCGCUAACUCGAUUUCACUUGCGUUUCUUGCUUCAGUUCGGCUGACAAGUGACGACUUGACAUUUUUUAUAGCUUCUAACGACAGUCGAAAAAAGGCAUUGUUGUUGUGUUAUUGUUCUUGAUCCAGGAAGAUGAACGCGCCGCCGACCUUUGAAUCAUUUUUGCUUUACGAAGGAGAAAAGAAAAUUGUAAAAGAACAGGAUACCAAAGUGCCUAAUGCUGCUAUAUUCACUAUCAACAAAGAAGAUCAUACACUUGGAAACAUGAUUAGAAACCAACUCUUGAAAGAUCCUCAAGUAUUGUUUGCUGGCUACAAAAUUCCUCAUCCACUGGAGCAUAAAUUUGUUAUUAGGAUUCAAACUACGUCAGAUUAUACACCACAUGAAGCAUUUAUGCAUGCUAUAACAGAUCUCAUUGCUGAAUUGUCGCUUUUUGAGGAAAGGUUCAAGGAAGCUAUAAAAGAAAAGAAAGAAGGAUUGGAUUAGAUUAAGUAGAUUUUAUUCGUAAGAAACUGUGAUGUAUAUAGAUUAAAUAUAUUUUUUAUCAAUU